AUGGACGGAUCCUCACCUUCCCCGCAGAAUGGAUCUAAAAAGCGGGUGAAGAUCCACCCAAAUGCAGUGACAGUCAAAUAUGCCACACACUUCCCUCAGCCUGGGGACGAGGGCUACGAUGAUGCACCUUCCUUUGAGGAAUUUGGGGCCUUUGCAGAGGCCACUGUAGGAAAGAGACUGGUCACAGAGAAUAAAGGAGGCAGGACUUUAUUUGGGACUAUGGAUACACCGGCUAAGCAGCCCAGUGCACCAAAGGACAAGGGGGUGGAGGGUCAACUUGCCAGCUUUGGGGAGGCCAAUGUACUGGCCUCUAAAGUGACAUGGAUGGCCCUGUUUGGAGCAGCAGCAGCACAUGGUUGUGUGUCUUUGAUCACACGUUUGGCAGCAGACCGCUCCAAAGUGCCCUCCCUGGAGCUGCUCUUCAUUCGCUCUGUCAUUCAAGUGCUGUCCAUCCUUGUGGUCCUCUACCUUCAUGAGCCUCCCUUUGGCCCCAAGGGCUACAGGCUUAAGCUCUUCUUCUAUGGCAUAUGCAAUGUGAUCUCCAUCACCUGCGCCUACACCUCCUUUGCCAUUGUUCCACCCAGUAAUGGCACAAUCAUGUGGCGAGCAUCCACCACUGUGUUCAGUGCCAUCCUAGCUUUCCUGCUGCUGGACGAGCGUCUGGGCUACACAGACGUGGUCACUGUUGUGGGCAGUGUGUUUGGCUUAUGCCUUGUGAUGGUGCCCAACAUCGCAGAUGAGGAGAAGUCUCGGCUGGGCUUUUGGAAAGAGGCGUUUGGUUAUACAAUGACAGUGAUGGCAGGUUUAACUGCAGCUCUGUCCAUGAUAGUCUACAGGGCCUUAAAAGAGCGGGUGAGCAUGUGGACUGCACUCUUCACCUUUGGCUGGACAGGCACCGUGUGGGGAGCCUCCACUAUGUUCAUCAUGCAGGAGCCCAUCAUUCCUCUUGAUAUGGAAACCUGGGGCUAUCUCACAGGAAUCUGCAUUUGCUCCACAGUGGCAUUCUUGGGAGUCUACUAUGCUCUAAACAAAUUCCACCCAGCCUUAGUCAGCACUGUGCAGCAUUUGGAGAUCGUGGUGGCCAUGUUCCUGCAGCUCAUUGUGCUCAGGAUGAUCCCGUCUGUGUAUGAUGUGAUCGGGGCCCUGCUCAUCAUGGUCUCUGUGUUCACACUGACCGGAGUUAAGUUGUACAGGGUGAGCCGAGCCAUGAGGCAGGACUACCAGGAGAUCCUCGACUCACCCAUCAAAUGA